AUGAGCUACAAGUUCGUCGACGCCCAAUCGGGCGAGUACCUCACCUGCUACAACCCCAUGGAUGAUUCCAUAAUCUCCGACAAAAUCCACUCAGCCGGCGAGAAAGAUGUCGAUGCCGCAGUUGUUGCUGCGAACAAGGCUUUCAAGGGACCGUGGGGCGACGCAGAUCCCACGGACCGUGCUGCGAGGAUGAGGAAGUUUGCGGAGCUGAUCAGGAAGAAUGCGGCGAGUAUGGCGAGUCUGGAGAGUAAAUGUAUGGGCAGUGCUGUGGGAACGCAGACUAUGGGCUAUAGCAUGGGAGCCGACCUCUUCGAUUAUUACUCAGGAUUGGCGGACAAGAUUCACGGCGAGACAAGCUAUCCAAACUCCCAGGGAAAGUACAAGAUCAUUCAGCGAGAGCCUAUUGGUGUAUGCUCAGGUGUCGGCGCAUGGAAUGUUUCGGCCAUUCUGUUCUGCUGGAAAGCAGCACCGGCCCUCGCCGCUGGCAACACCUUCAUCUACAAGCCCUCCGAAAAGGCACCCCUCGGUGCUCUCGCCCUGGGUCCUCUCAUCAAGGAGUGCUUCCCGCCCGGCACGAUCAACAUCGUCAACGGCGGUGGCAAAGUCGGUCAUCUCCUCGCUUCCCACGUGGAAAUCCGCCAAAUCGCCUUCACAGGCUCCACCGCUACCGGCCGCAAGAUCCAGGAGUACGCCGCCAAGUCCAACCUCAAGCGUGUGUCACUCGAGCUAGGUGGCAAAUCGCCAUCCCUGAUCUUCGACGAUGCAGACCUCGAAGUCGCAGUCGGCAAAUCCGCCGAAGGCAUCAUGGCUAAUUCGGGUCAAAUUUGUGCUAUGGCCUCGCGGGUGUUCGUCCAAGAAGGCAUCGCCGACAAAUUCACCGACCUCCUCAUGGGCGCUUUCGAACAAUUCAGCAAGGGCAACUUCAUCGGCGACCCGAGCGACGAAAAUACUCAAGUAGGCCCCAUCGCCGAUAAGAAGCAAUUCGAGCGCGUAAUGGAGUACCUCGAAAUCGGCAAGCAAGACGGCGAACUCAUCACCGGCGGCAUGCAACGCGGCGGGAAAGGUCUCUUCGUCGAACCGACAAUCUUCAAAAACGCACCCAACACCUCGAGAAUCGUUCAGGAAGAAGUCUUCGGACCGGUUGUGACGGUCCAGACCUUCAAGGACGAGGCUGAGGCGAUUGAGCUGGCUAAUGAUACGGUUUUUGGCCUGUCGGCGUGCAUUUAUACCAAUAGCAUUAGUCGCGCACUUCGUGUGACGAGGAAGAUGGAGGCGGGGACGAUUGCUGUGAAUGACUGGUACUUUCCUGCGCCUGAUACGCCGUUUGGUGGGAUUAAGCAGAGUGGAUAUGGGAGAGAGGGUGGGCUUGAGGGUUUGAAUGAGUAUCUUCAGACGAAGACUAUUCAGAUCAAUCUCAACGCUCCAUAG